GAGGAGUCCGACCAAAGACAGUAUAAAGACCUAAUUGUCAACUUCGAAUAAAUGACAUUCAUUUGGUUUGUGGCUGAAAGUACAGAUACAAGUGGCACCUCUGAGAUAAGUUGGAUUUUUACACUUGAAUUGACAUGGACCUAACAGCGGAAAGUCACUCCAUACCUCUCAGCGACGGAAACAGCAUACCUUUGAUAGGGCUGGGAACAUAUGGGGACCCCCGCACAGUAAGACUUGUUUUGCCGAGACAUAGUUCUCUGUAAUAUCAAAUUUAAAACAAUGACCUGCAUGUAACAAUACAAUUUAAAGUUUGCUUUUUUUUAUGAGAUUUGAUUUGAGAUCUUUGUAACACUCUUUGCAGACUCCAAAAGGAACUGCAUAUGAAUCAGUCAAAGUGGCCAUUGAAGCAGGGUACAGACACAUUGAUGGGGCUUUGGUCUAUUUCAAUGAACAUGAAGUGGGACAAGCUAUAAGAGAAAAAAUUGCAGAUGGAACUGUGAAGAGAGAGGACAUAUUCUACUGUGGAAAGGUGUGUGUCACUGCUUAUUUGUGUGUGAGUGUGCGAAAGGUGACGAUGUGUGGUUUGUAGAUUACUAGUACUCCCCAGAGUUUCAAAGCUCCAGCGACAGUGCUACAUUUUUGAUACAACCAACAUUUUUGCUCUGGUUUGUAGUUGUGGAACACAUUCCAUCCCCCAGAAUUGGUCCGCCCUGCUCUGGAGAGAACUCUGAAGGCACUGCAGCUGGAUUAUGUUGAUCUCUAUAUUGUUGAAAUGCCCACAGCCUUCAAGGUAUUCGUGUUUUUAACAUCAAUGUGGAAUCUCUGUAGUCAACGUACUCUCUACUUAUAAUUCUGAAUCAAUGGUAAAAACAUUAAAUAUCUUUAUUUUUCAAAGCCAGGGGACACAUUUUACCCCAAGGAUGAGAAUGGAAAGUACAUUUACCACGAAACAGAUUUAUGUGCUACCUGGGAGGUGAGACUCUUUAAUUAGUUAAAGUGUAACAGAACAAUGAUUAUUCUUCGCAUGCAAAUGCUUUAAAGGCUGGGCACUUGUAAAACUAUCAGAAGUUCAAAGUUCAAAGUCUAACUUUUGUUUGCUACCUGCAACCAUGAACAGGCUAUGGAGGCUUGCAAAGAUGCUGGACUAGUAAAAUCGAUUGGUGUAUCCAACUUUAACAAGCGACAACUGGAGUUGAUCCUGAACAAGCCUGGACUGAAACACAAGCCUGUGUCUAACCAGGUACAGGGGGGUUACAAGUGCAUCAUUUUUUGUAUAUCAUUUUUUUAAAACUGGGUUUAGGGAGGGAAAAUAGUACACUUAAAAUGGUGGAUGGGACAAGUGGGCUAAAUAAAUUGAAUACAUAGAUUGAUAGAUUUAGAUCACUCACUGCUUGGUUGCCAAAGUGACAAUUAACUUAACACACAAAGUUUACUGGAGAAAGAGUUUACUGCUUUAUUUGGCAACUGAAAUGUUCACUUUUUGUCAAAAUAGAUUGAAUGCCACCCCUAUUACACUCAGCCGAAGCUGGGUGAGUACUGCAGGCAGAAGGAGAUUGUCAUUGUGGGAUACAGCCCCUUAGGGACAUCCAGAGAUGCAUCCUGGUAUGGGAAAAAUGUGAUCUUAUUACAUUAAUUUUGUGUGCGAAAAAAGUAAAAUCUACAAUCCUAUAAAAGCUAUCUGGUUUUGUAAUUACUUAAUUAAUACAUAGUAUGAUUUCACUAAAAUGGGCUUUUUUAACAGGGUGAACCUAAAAUGUCCCCCACUGUUGGAAGAUGAGCUCCUGGUAUCCAUUGCUAAAAAGUACAACAAAACCACAGCACAGGUGGCCUUGAGGUUCAAUGUGCAGAAGGGAGUGGUGGUAAUCCCCAAAAGCUUCAACCCUGCUCGCAUUAGAGAGAACUUUCAGGUUUGUUCGCUGGUCUGAAUUUGUAAUACUUCAGUGACCAUCCUGCCAAGGAAAAAAAAUAUAAGAUAAAAUGUGAUAAGAUGAAUCUUCUUUCAGAUAUUUGACUUCUCUCUUUCUGAGGCUGAAAUGAAGGCAAUUGAGGGGCUGAACAAGAAUAUACGAUUUGUGGAGCUUCUCAUGUGAGUAUAAGACAUGCUGUUGUGAUGUUCUGUUUGUCAAAUUAUCAAUUAAAUAAGUUCUUUGCUUGUUUUUAACAGGUGGUCUGAUCAUCCGGAGUACCCAUUCCACGAUGACUACUAGAGGCUACUAAUCCAUGAAGUUAUCCUGAUUGUCCUGGUGCUUAAAUGGUCUUGGCUUAAAUGUAUUUUUUUCCAUGAAUUUGACUAGACUUUUCUAGAAGUUUGAAACCUUUGUUAUAUUCUUUGUAUGUUAACCUUUUGAAUGCAAAUGUUUAUAGUUCUGUCUUCACCACAAUCUCCGUUUAUGAUAUGUUUCACAGAUUUAUUGUUUUUUCUUUUUUUAAAUCAAAAGCAUGUAAAGCUUUCAAAACUGACUGAAAAAAGUUGUCAUGAUUUAUUUUAUCUUUUAGAAAAGUCUAUUUAUAUGCACAGCAUAAGGUUCCAUUGUUUUAUUAUAAAGGGGUUUGUUGAGUAAACAAAGCAUACCAAUCUAUGGUACCAAUAUGUGAACAUGGGUAACACAAAUGUGGUCAUAAAAUGGCCAUAUGCAUGAAGGAAUGUUCAAAUUAAGCCAGUUACACAAUAAAAAGAGGUUGCUGGACAUUAAAUUACAUUAAUGUAUUUGUUCUAUCUGUGUAUCAAUGACUGAAUCUGAAUCAGAAUGUCCUUUAUUGUCUUUAAACUAAAAGUACAAUGACAUUUGAGAGCUUCUCCUUUUCCAGUGCAAUAGACAAGUAAAAAUAAGGUAGUAAAAGUACAAAUAGUUGUAAGAAAGAAGGUACUAUAUAUACAAGACAUGAAUUCUACAGAAUAGCAAAAUAAAACGUAUGAAUAAGAAUAAAAUAGAAAGAUAGAUACUGGAUAAUUAUCAAAAAAUAAAUAUAUAUAUAUGUGUGUGUUCGAAUAUAUGUAUAUAUGUUCAUUUUUUUCCUGAACAUAGCAGCACAGCCUUGAUUUGUAGUUCCUCCUUGUGCAUUUUGUCUACAUUGCUCAUCAUAAUAAACAGUUUUUUCUUUUUUUAUUCAUAAGUAA